UCUGAGGGCGAAGUGACCGGCGCGCUCAGCGCCGCCUUCAGUGGCCCCAAGAUCGCCUUCUACGUGGGUCUCAAGAGCCCCCACGAAGGCUACGAGGUGCUCAAGUUCGACGACGUGGUCACCAACCUCGGCAAUCACUACGACCCCACCACCGGCAAGUUCAGCUGCCAGGUGCGCGGCAUCUACUUCUUCACCUACCACAUUCUGAUGCGCGGCGGCGACGGCACCAGCAUGUGGGCGGACCUCUGCAAGAACGGGCAGGUGCGGGCCAGUGCCAUUGCCCAGGACGCAGACCAGAACUACGACUACGCCAGCAACAGCGUGGUGCUGCACCUGGAGGCGGGCGACGAGGUGUACGUGAAGCUGGACGGCGGGAAGGCGCACGGAGGCAACAACAACAAGUACAGCACGUUCUCCGGCUUCCUCCUCUACCCGGACUAGGGGCGCCGGGGCUGCGCGCGGGCUUCCCGCCGCCCUGGGCCCAGUGCGGGCGCGCUGCUCCCUGGCAAGGACCCCUCGCGUUUCCUGAUACUUCUUGACAUCGAUGGAAAAGACACGUUCCCGCUAUCCUCCCUGCCCCGCUCCCAUCCCCAGUGUGUCUGCAACUCACUAUGCUCUGGGCAGUGCUCCUGGCCCCUGGCCCCCAUCUGUGGAGGGAGAGGAUGACGCCAACGUGGUGAGAUGAGCCUGAACCUGAACCCCAAAGGCAUGGACAGCAGCGGUGGCGGUGGCGGUGGCAGCACUGUUUGCAAACCUGAUUGGAACAGACAGGCUGGGCGGAACUGCCCUCUUCAGUCUCCCUCCUUCUCCGAGUGCCCGGAGGCCCAGCCUUCCAACCCUGGCCAGUGAGGUAGGCCACAGUGCGCACGAGCUCCCUGGGGAGUCCAAUCCUCCUGCAAGUUUCCCUGUCCAUCAGUCAAAACCCCACCGCCGCACAAUCCCAGCGAACGGAAAUUCGCCUCUCCACCAAACGCAGGACUCAGAUCCACUGCGACGCAUUAAAUUAUGUUUCUAGACCACGGGCUCCGAUGUUUUUGUCAGGGUGGCCCCCAGACCAGUCCUCCAGAUGUCCACCUUCACAUGAAGACAUUAACUGGGCCCCGAAGAGCCCCGUCUAUGCCUGCUUAUCAGCCACGGCCCUGUCCCUGCCACCGGAGUUGGGCGAAAAGAUGUGGGGAGAGAUGAGAGAGCAUCCCACCCUUCCGAGAGAUAAUAUCUCCCCUGGGCUGCAUCCCUGAACUGGAGGGGCCCAGAGGAGGUGGGGGAGAGAGAACUAGAUAGAGGCAGGCAGGAGAGGAGUGGCUGAGUCUCCAAGUUCCCAGCCUUAUGGGAGGACGUCAAGGAGCAGGCGUUUCUGGAGAAGGAAGGGGCAGGGGAGGCAAAUGGGAGGCAGGGAUGAGGCACUUGCCAGCAGGUGGUCUCUGAGAUGUUUGUCCCUAUAAAGAAGUGCAGAAGUCCCCCCGCAGAAACCCACCCACCCAGGCAUGAAGUGCUCAGCACCUGUCCAUUUGCCCACACCACCAGCUAGGGCCACAGCUCUUACAAGAGCUGGUAAACAGGCAAUCUGGGGAUCAUCCAGCUCCCCGAAUUCACCCAGAACUGUGUGGGAAGAGAUAUACACUAUUCCUGGGGGAGGGACCCCCUUUCCGGGACCCUCCCUUCCCAUUUGCAGGGUUCCGUGAUCUGAGCCCCAUUGUGUGUGGUCUCUUCUCAGUACUUCCCCC